CGUGGGGAACCAUUCCGGCUACUGUUUACAUCACGGAAAUAUCCAGAGCAGAUUUAAGAGGAUCUCUCGUCUCAUCUGCUCCCUCAUUUGCAUCUCUAGGUAUGGUGAUCUGUUUCAUGAAGGGCUGGUUUUUUCAUUGGAGGACUGUAGCUUGGACGGCUAAUUUAUACGCUGUGAUACCGGUUGCAUUGGUUUUCUUCAUUCCUGAGAGUCCAGCUUGGUUAGUAUCGAAAGGCAGAAUUGAACAAGCUGCUGCAUCUCUGAGGUGGAUCAAUAAAUAUCAACCACAACCAGAAAAUCGGAAUGAAUCGCUAGCAGAAUUACAUCUUAACCUCCUACAGAAGGAGCACCAAGCGAAACUUGAGGAGCAAGAAAAGAGGGGAGAUUUCGGAGCAACCGCUAAAGUCAAGGAAUUUUUCAAACCAACCGGUUAUAAACCCAUGUUAAUAAUUUGUGGACUCUUCUUCUUUCAACAGUUUUCUGGGAUAUACAUAACUCUCUUCUAUUCUGUAACAUUCUUCAAAGAAGUAGGCAGUACCAUCAACCCCUACCUUGCAUCUACAUUUAUUGCUAUCGUAAGAAUGCUGAUGUCCUGUGCAAAUACUUAUAUGUUGCGGACAUUCCAUAGACGUCCCCUUGUCAUAGCGAGUGGAAUUGGAAUGGCUAUCUGUCUAGGAUUCUCUGGCAUGUUUACUCAGUGGAUAAGAAACGGAACGUCUGACCAAACUUGGAUUCCUGUUGCUUUACUGCUCCUGUAUGUCGUUACAUCUAUGAUUGGACUCUUACCUAUACCAUGGACGAUGACAGCCGAACUUUUCCCAAUUGAAAUCAGAGGAGUUGCAAACAGCAUUUCUUACAGCAUUGCUAACUUGAUUAUGUUUGCUGCAAUCCAGAGCUUCUGGACCUUGGAUUAUAUAUUCUGCGGUAUUGCAGGCGUUCAGUGGUUUUUCGCUGUUGUCGCAUUAUUGGCAUCUUUGUACACUUAUAUACUUUUACCGGAAACACACGGAAAGAAAUUAUCAGAUAUCACCGGUUAUUUUGUUCAUAAUACAAUAUUUCUUGGAUCAGAAAAGAAAAAGGUACCAAAGACACAAACGAAAGCUGUUCCAACUAGAGUGGCCAAAAAAGACAUCGUUAAAUCUAACAAUGAACAGAGUGAAAAACUCAUGGAAAAUGUGUAAAUAUUCAUCAAAGUAGCUUGUACUUUCCAUCUGAAGUUUAGAUAAAGUAUUUUUCUUAAUAUAUUUGCAAUAUUCCUCUACUGUUGGGCUUUUCAAAAAAUCGUUAUGAAGAGUACAUGGGAUGAUUACAAAAAAGUUACAAAAUACCCGUGUGUCCGAAUUUCUCAAUUUUCCAUUUAGAUCUUUGGAAUAUGCUAGAAAGAAAACAAAAAUGGUUUCAAAAGAAGGAUAUGAAAAGUCAUUACAUCAAUCAUAUAAAGUCAUUGACAAUGUGCCAUGUUUGUCGUCUUGGAAAAAGUAAAUAAUCAAUAAGUAGCAAUGUUCCUUCGUAUUAAUUUCCAAGGUUUCCAUAAUUUGAUUUCGUAUUUCUGCAUUUUUUUUGCGUAUAAUUUUACAACUUCAACAGAGUCAAUCAUUUGACCACAACAAAAAAGCAAAGUAGUGAUUUGAUAAAGCAAACUGUGAUUGCUGAAACUAAAUUAGUCAGUAGGUUCAGAAUUAUCCAUAGCAAAUUGAGAAUGACCAAAUCAUUAUUAUUGCUCUGAUUUUCUUACCAUACAAAAUCAGCUGAUAUCAUUUUUUACACAUUUCUUCAUUCCCUGAAGUCGGAAGUGAUGAUAGUUGAGUAACAAUUACUGACAAGUACUUCAAAUUCGCUAGAUUUUUUUAUAAAAAAUGUAUACAUUACAUAACACAGAUCUCAACUGAUGUGAACUUCAGUUGAUUUGAAGCUUCCAACUACUUAACUUCAUGAAGACAAAAGACUAAAAAUGUACUUCUUUAGCUUCUUAAAUAUAUUAAUGUAAUUUAUUAUUUAUGCGUUUGAUAAUGAUUUAGGCAAUAUUCAGUGAGUCGUAGCAGUAUUCAGUAGUUUUAAGGAUUUGUAUUAAGGUUUGUCAUUAACUUUCAUAAAUAUAACAUGUACACUUUUUCAAA